CAGCUGUCCCAACGCAUGAGCAACAUCUCGCUGUCCUCCGGCACGGACUCUGUGGGCCACAUGGAUCGCGGCAGCAGCUCCAGUCUCGCUAGCAGCGCCACCGUUGGCACCAACACCAUCACCAGCGGCAUUUCCAAGGAGUGCGCCAAUUACCCCGUCGGCAGUCAGUCGGCCCGUCCAUACGUCCAACUGCCGGGCAUACACAUUUCCAACCCUCCCCAGUACGGGCCAGGGAAUAUGCAAGAAAUAGACGCUGGCAAAAUGGCGCACAACGGCAAGGCACUCACAGGGCGCUACAAUGCCACGCCCACCUAUGGCUUCGACAACGAGCAGAACUACUGCCUGUUGCCGUCUCCAAUGCCCCCUCCACCAUACGCCUUGGCACGCGUGAGCAGCACACGCAACUUCGAGCUCGAGAACCACACACCGCCGGCAUGUCCCGGCUCUGGACCCAUUGCCAUGACGAACGGCACCAUCCAGUUGCGCCUCCGCGAUGGCGUGCGCAUUGACAUGACUCUGGACAAGGCGCACCGCCUUGCCAAUCAGCUCAAUCAGCGCAGCAUGGUGGCAGUUGCUCUAUCACGCAACUGCAGCAACUCGGCUUUGAUCCACCCCAAUGGACGCAUCUUGCAGAGCGUCGCUAAAGUCGAAAUAGUCACCUACGACGGCAUGAAGGGCAAUAACUUUGUUCGCUAUGCCAAGAUGUGGUACAAGGGUGUGAGCUUCACCAGCGAGGCGUGCGCUCUCAUCUACCUGGUGGACACAGCCGGGACGCGCACCACAACCGACACUUUCACUGAUCUGACCAAGGACUACACCCUGGCAGUGUUCUAUGACGACUCGCGCCAUGGUCCCUCUUAUAUGGCUGAAGCCCAUGACGUGAUUGCCAAUUCAGCUUACACCUGUACCGAGGAUGGCACUGAGAUCUAUGACAUAAACGGAUUUCGCAUCACCCAGGCAGCCGAUGGCCUGGUGAAGGUCACUCGUGUGGACAACAAGUGCUUGAUUCGCACCAGUCCCGGCAAUGUUCGUCGCAAUGAGAAGCGCAUGCACUUCGAUGGAUCCUGUUUCAUUGUACGCAACGCCGGACACUCCGCCGGCUUCAAUGAGAACAACCUGCUCAUUGUCUACUGA